AUGAAUGAGGAAGUGAAAAAGCAUGAGACAAUGCCAAUGCCAUUGUCGUCUUCUUCAUCCUCUUUGUUGCCAAGCGAAUCGGAGGAGGAGUUGCAGCACAUGCCAUUAGUGCCGAUGGUGUGGAAUAAUAAGAGGAGGCUAUCCAAGCAGCUAUCGAUGUGCGAGAAGCCGCGAGACAUGGCUUGGGAGAGAAGGAGGAGACAAGAAAGAAGAAGGAGUAGUAUUGUUCAAGAAUGUGUUUGUGAUGAUAUAACUGAUGAGGAUUUGCAUGAGCUUAAAGGGUGCAUUGAACUUGGGUUUGGAUUCAAUGAAGAAGAUGGUCAGAGAUUGUGUAAUACAUUGCCUGCACUUGAUCUUUAUUUUGCUGUUAAUAGAGGUUUGUCACCAAGCCCUGUCUCUACACCUCAAAGCCGCGCUUCUUCCCUCGGAGCACGUUCUUCUUCCUUUGGAAGCCCUAGAAGUGAUGCUGACUCAUGGAAGAUUUGCAGCCCAGGCGAUGACCCUGAAUUGGUGAAGACCAAAUUAAGACAUUGGGCUCAAGCCGUUGCAUGUUCCGUCAUGCAGUCUUCUUGA